AUGUUGAAGGUGCUAACCUGUUCACAUUAUCAAAAAUUAUUUCAACAAGAAGUUCAACGUUUAUCUGUUAUUGAUAUUGAUACCUCUUAUCAUUCUGAAUUCUCUAACAAAACUCUUGCUAAAUUUGGUGGUGCUCGUCAUGAAGAUGUUGUGAAAUGGUUAUCAGAUGUUGAAGAAAUAUUUAAUCGAGCACAAUUUCAACUAUCGAAUAAGUAUUUAGCUGUACAAUCAUAUUUAAUUGAUUCGGCUGCAAAAUGGUUUAGAUAUAACAAGGCUACUAUUAUUGAUUGGUCCACAUUUAAAAUUGAACUUGUUAAAGCUUAUCAACCAUCACUUCUCAUCAAAGAUUAUUGA